UAGGAAAUAAAAAUUCUAGUAUGAUACGAACUAUUAAUAAAUGUGGAUGCUCAGCAUAUAAUUUACCAAAUAAUCCACACUCGCAAUGUUUCCAUGCAAACGAGCCAAAGUUUUGCCCAUCAAAAACAUCACUUGAAACAGAUGAAGUCUCUUGUGGCUGUGGAUCUAACUCAAAUAGCGAAGAGAAAGAGAAUAAAUUGUCAAUAAAAUCGGAAAUCGUUGAAAAAGGAUUGCCAUACAAAGAAAUAGAAGCGAUCAUCAACGAUAAUCGCAUGGUGAUCCGAAUGCAAGUUGAAAGCCCUCAACCAGAAUUCGAACCAUCUUGUGAUUGUAUUGCACCAAUUGGUGAACAUUCUUUUGAUGAAAAUGCUGAGAUUAUUAGCAAAUAUAUUUUUGUCCCGUUUUCGAUGCAGGGUCAUCACAAAAAUGAUGUAACUUUUCGAAAAUCGAGCCAGGGUUGUAAAACGAUUACGCUGUAUCCACAACCGAAACAAAAAUUUUUCGAUAGAUCGGACAAAUCAGAAGAUGGAAAGGUCGGUAACAAUAAUUCAACUUUAUCAACAGUGCAUCCCGAAGAAAAUCCAAACAUUUUUGUUUUAAAAAUAAAGAAGAAACGUGAAAAUGGUGAUAAAAAAUAUAAUUUUAAUCUUGAAUAUCUUCAACCAAGACCGUGGCGCAAACAAAAUUGUUCAUCAUAGAAAUAAUGUAAAUAAUAUAAUGUAAA